UCAAGUUCAUAUGCAGUAUUAAAGGUUUCAAGUUCAUUUUGUAUUAAAGUGCUUGAUAUUAACAGUAUAGAACUGAUAGUGUGUCUGUAUGUGGAUUUCUCUCAUCACUAACUGAUUUAUGGACUGUGGCCCAAUAGUGAUUAUAUUCUCCAUAAGAUGAUGCUGAUACCAAGUAGUCCUCCUGUUAUAUUAAGGAAGAGUUAUCUAUAAAUAGAAUAGCAUUAAUGGACACUAGUCACACUGCAUCAAGACUGAAAUUUAUGCAUCCUCCUAUGGGACAUGAUCGAGCUAUAGAUUUCAAUAUACAUGUACAUGUAUUAAGAGAUCUUGUGGAACAGGUUAAAGUACUAAUUAAUGUACAUGUACUAUACAUGUACAUGUAUGUACUAUGUACUUGUCUGGUGGUGUAAUAUACAUGUACAUGUAUGUAUUAUGUACUUGUCUGGUAAUGUAAUACCGAGGACUGAGAUAUCUGCUUGAGGUGAAGUUGAGGGAAGAUAUGAGGUAUUGUAUUACUCUACUCACCCAGACAUACUGGUCACUUUUUAUAGUGUGUGUAUCAAUUUUUAUUUAUUUAAUUAUUUGUUUAUUUAUUUAAUAGGUACGGCAUGAUUUGUUAAAAUGUUAAAAUCAUUUUAUUUUGACGGUUUAUUACUUCAAUAUGGAGAACAAAGUGUAAACUAUGGUUUUAAUGGAGCUCCUUAUCUUAUGAUGCAACUUAGUGAUAUUCAUUGACAAGAGGCCAUUUUUUUUCUUUUAAACUCAUUAAUCUCUUUAUGAGUUUAAGUUUUUUGGGGGGACUGUGCUAAGGUAAGAGUAGUCUAACAGAUUAUAUUCUAGUCUAGCUACAUUUAUUAUGCCCUCCAGAUAUACAUGUCCUUCUGAUAAACUAUUAUAUCAUACCAUGAUCUUAUCCUAGUGCACAUGGCGCUGAUUACCACUGAGCCAAUUAACAUUCUUUCUAAGGAAAAGGUCAUAUGCAAUUGUAUAGCCCACUGUUAUUGUUGUUCUAAAGGCUGUGUUGAGGUGUGAUGUAAUGUGGCUAUUAUCAUGUUUUGAUGAAUUGAUCUCAGCAAUAUCCUGUGCCACCCAAGCUGCCACCUUUCAUACCCCUGCACUUCCAUAGAGUGCACAUUCCGGGGAAACUCACCAUAGCUCUGAGCUAAUCAGUGGUAGCUCAUUAUAAAAAGCACUACUUGCACACAAAGUUGCUUAGAAUAAAAUUAUCUGUACAAUGAAGGUCACUGGAGUUAUACCAAUUCUGCUUCUCUUUCUAAUAAAUGGUUACGUUAACUGUCAAAAUUUUGAGUACAACAAUAACGUUCAUUUUGAAGAUGGAAACUUCUCCUUAACUGUUGUAUUUCAAGUAGAAGCAACUUAUAACUCAGUAACUGGUGAUGUGUGUGCUAAUGGAGUCACUAAUGAUACUGCUAACUUAAUGUGCCAGAAUACAUCUAAUCUACAAGCAGUUGGUUUUGUAACUACAGACUACUCCACCUUUGUGUUCAAUUCUGUUGCUUAUAGUAUUGAUUGUUCAAGUGGUAUUGAUACUUGUCCUGGUACUCAAGUUUCUAACUGUGAUUCUUAUGGAGGACUAUUAGCAGUCAAAUGUGUGAUACCUAUUCCAGAAUGCUACUCACAAUCGGUAGUUAUGCUAAGUAAUCCAGUUAAUACAACCAUUCCUUCUGGUGGCUAUUACGUAACUGGUCAUCCUGUUACCUGCAGCUCUAGUGGUAACUAUGUUCCAAUAUGCAACAGUGUGAACAUUGGGCCAUUAGAAAUAAUAGCUAUUUGUGCUUAUACAAUAAUUGGAUCAGGUGGGUUUAAUGGAGCUCCUUCUGGUGUUACUGUUCCUCCUCCUACUCUACGUUCUAGUGAUACUGUAUCGAAUCAAUUUAGCUGUUCUGGUAGCACUUACAGUAAUCUCAAUUGUUCUGGUAAUAGCAUAAUCAGUUCAUGUCCUAAUGGAUAUGCUACUGUCACAUGUCAGAAAGUUUGUGAUGAGGACUAUUAUGCUACUUUAUUUAAUAGUCAAACAGCUACCAUUGAUGGAAUCAGUUAUACCAUUGGGAUACCGCAGUUCUGUAUAACAGGGACAUAUGCAAGAAUAUGUAAUGAUGGUACUAAUUCUCCUGAAUUGGGACUAGCUUUAUGCAAUAGUGCGGGAUUUCUAUUUGGUGAGCUCCUUUCUUCAAACUCAAGUCUUGCUGAGACCCUAUACAGGGGCUCUCCCCAGGGGAUAUUGUAUUUGAAUAGAUUCCUUUGUUCUGGUCAUAAUUGUCAAGGAGAUUCAAGUUCAGGCUUUGCCAGUAAUCCACAGUGCUUCAAUGGUCAACUGGAAACUAUUGUGAGAUGCUCUAAUAUAAAGUCUUAUGCAGUUGUCAUUGGAGUUACUGUCGGUGUAUUGGUCGCAUUUGUAGUAACAGUACUUAUUGUUGUCAUAUUAGUAGUUGUGUUUAUGGUCAUCCGUAAUAAAAGGACUCAUAGACAUGAUGGUUUAUUAACAAUUAAUGAUGAUAUUUAUAUAGAUUGA